AUGUAUCGGUCGCUGCUGGGCUCGCACCUUCGCAAAACAGCAAAGCUCCUGCGGCGGGGACUGGGGCUGCCGUAUCCUCGGCCCCGUGCCCGUCGAGGUGCCCACGGUGACGGAGGGGCGCCGACGUCUCCAUCAGCAGCAUCCACCCAACAUCCUCGGGUCACCCGGGCAACCCUUGAGGCCCGGGAGCGCGCAUAUCGCAUCUGGGUUGAAGUUCGAGAUCUGGACCAGUUUCUGUCUAGGGUCUACUAUCACUACACCGGCAAGGGUGUCUAUGCGAUUAUCUUGGCCCGCUUCACGAACUUGUUCAUCCUGGCGUUUAUCGUCGUGUUCUCCACGUUUCUGUUCUACUGCAUCGACUAUCCGUUGAUUCACGACAAAAAAUACCUCUACGAGGUCGUGCACCAAAACUGCGUCAGCAGGAUCCAUGGCAUUCCUUACACCACAAUGAUCAUCUUUAUCAUCUGGUGGGUCUAUCAAAUGGCGAGGCUCAUUAUGGACAUUCCCAAGUUGUUCGAGGUCAACGCCUUCUAUGUGGAUCUGCUCGGAAUCGGAAACUCUGAGCUGCAGACCAUCAAAUGGCGGGAUGUCGUCGCCCGGAUCCUGGAAAUCAACAACACCAGCGCAGACACUCGACACGGCAACUUGGACUCGUACAUCAUCGCCAACCGAAUCAUGCGAUACGACAACUAUAUGAUUGCGCUCUUCAACAAGGAUCUUCUUGAUCUGAAGGUGCCAUUCCUGCCGUUCUUUGGCAGCCGCAUGUUCCUGACAAAGAUCAUUGAGUGGAACCUGCAGUUUUGCAUCUUCUACUAUAUCUUUGACGAGAAAGGAAGGAUGCGCAAGCACUUCCUGAAGGACAGGAACAGUCAAUCAACACUCCUUGCACUUCCCUGCAGGCUCCGACAGCGUUUCAUCACGAUGGGCAUCAUCAACCUGGUUGUCUCGCCCUUCCUUGUCAUUUUGCUGGUCAUGUACUUUUUCUUCCGAUAUGCCGAGGAGUUCCAAAAAAACCCCGGAAAGAUCAGCGCUCGGCAGUACACGCCCGAGGCGGCUUGGCGAUUCCGCGAGUUCAACGAGCUUCCUCAUCUGCUGCAAGAGCGGAUGAACCGAAGCUACGAGAACGCGGUCAAGUAUCUCGAGCAGUUUCCCAAGGAGUGGAUGAUCAUUCUGGCCAGAUUUGUGUCGUUCAUAGCAGGAUCGUUUGCUGCGGUGUUGACGGUGAUCACACUCGUAGAUCAAGACAUUCUGCUCGGCUUUGAGCUCCACCCUGGUGGCUCCGUCCUGUUCUACAUCGGCAUCUUCGGAUCGAUCCUGGCCGUGAGUCGCGGCAUGGUCCCCGCCGAGUACACGCUCUUCGAGCCCGAGCGGCUGAUCCGGACGGUUGCAAACGAUACCCACUAUCUCCCGCCGGAGUGGAAAAAGAGGCUCCACACCGAGGAGGUCAAAACCGAGUUCUCGUCGCUGUUUGACAUCAAGGUCGCGACCUUCCUCAAAGAGAUCCUGAGCAUCUUCCUGGUGCCGCUGAUCUUUUGCUUCUCGCUGCCCAAGAGUUGCGAGGCGAUCAUUGACUUUUUCCGGAACUUUACGGUCCAUGAGGAGUCGCUUGGCCACGUCUGCUCGUUUGCGGUGUUUGACUUCAAGAAGCACGGCAACUCCAUGUACGGCGCCCCCACCGGAACCCAAGACGAUUAUUUCAUGUCCAAAGGCGGCAAGAUGGAGCAGUCGUUUUUGAACUUCAAGGUGAGGAUCUGA